AUGGGCAAGGCCAAAGUGAAAGAGCCGAAAGAAGUCAAGGUCAAAGAAGUUGAGAAGGACUCCAAGCCCAAGCUUUGGCUGUGGUUUCUGGCUGGGGCGAUUGUAGCGGUUGUUGCUGGGUGGCUGGUGAGCACCAAUAGUGCCAGCAGUUCGCCAAGCACUUCUACGAGCACCACCAGUGUGGCUAACAGCCAAGGCGCCGCGGAGCAGCCGCGGCCCCACCCGCGGUCUUCUUCGUCGCGCCCACGAGAGGCAACCACCACAUCUCGGUCACAGAACCAUGAGCUCCGACCAGUGGAGGAGUCCUUGCGCUGGACACCAAAGACCAUUUCGGUGGUCCUCCCUUGUGCUGGAGAAGGUUUGUUUGCCAAAAAGACGGUGGAAUCGGUGUCACGGUCGGUGCCGGGUGGCAUCGCUGGUGGCAUCUUGGAGGAUAUCGUGGUGGUGGAUGAUGGUAGCAAGCCACCUUUGAGCGAGGAGUUCCUGACGGCGAAGUUUCAGAAGAAGUACCCCUUGAAGCUGGUGCGCCAUGAGUCGCCAGUAGGGCUCAUGGGUGCCAAGUCGGCAGGUGCAAGCCAGGCGGCUGGGGACGUGAUCGUCUUCUUCGAUUGUCAUGUGGCGCCACAGGAGGACUGGUAUCAAAAGUUCUUGGACGGCAUCAGAGACAACUAUCGACGGAUUGUCGUUCCUGUCAUUACCAACUUAGACAUCGACACCUGGAAAGAGGUGAAUCGAAAUCAAGGCAUGGCCAAGUGUUAUCUCACCUGGGAUGCCGACUUCAAGUGGGUAGAGAGCACCUCACCCUACAUGCCCGUCUUGUCGGGUGGCCUCUUAGGGAUCUCCCGACGUUGGUGGAACGAAACGGGAGGCUAUGAUGAGGGCAUGUCUGGAUGGGGCGGUGAGAAUGUGGAUCAGUCCUUGCGUUCGUGGCUCUGUGGGGGGGAGAUCGUCUCUUUGUCCGACGCCUUCGUGGCACACAUGUGGCGCAAGAACGAAGAUCCCCGAACUAAACAGAACUACGCGGUCUCCGGGCUGGAUUCCAUCAGGAACAAGGCCAGAGCAGUCCUGGCGUGGUACGACGAGUAUCGAGAAAAGGCCGCGGAGUAUCCCACCAUGCAGUACGUGGGCCUUUUGUCUGGACAAAGCAAACAGGUGGAGAUGAACCAAGACGUCAGCAAUUUUGAGGAGGUGAAAAAGCGCUUGCACUGUCGACCCUUCGCCUGGUUUCUGUGGCGCUUUCGUGACAUCUAUGUCGAGGGUGGCUUGCUUCCGAAGGAGGCCUUCAAACUUCGCGAGGUGAACUCCGGCUACUGCCUCACCUUCCUGGGCCCGAUGGGAACGCAUCCGCAGGGACGAGGAUCAGCCACGUUGUUGCCCUGCGACCUACCGUUGAGCAACUUCCGGGGGCUUCAUGGAGAGGGACAAAAAUGGCACGCGCGGAAUCGAGAUCCAGCGACCGGGAAAUGUUGCUCAGCCAUCGGGAGUUGGAACACGGACCAGUGCUUGUUGCAACCUUCUGACGGCCCCAAGGAGACCGAUGGUAUGGUGACCACGCUGGUCUGUGACGUCUCUGGGCGUCAGGUGCCACCAUGGAACUUCGUUUCCGGGGUUGCUGGGCGCACAAGCGCAUGA